GAAGCCUAAUGGACAACAACUCCCAGAAAGGCUGCCGAACUGUCAAGCUGCUCUAGUUGUAUCACGUGACGCUUAGUAUGGCUUCCCAGUGUCACUGAGAAGCUGGACUAACCUGCUGUUUUUGGAUGUUUUGAUCGGGAAUUGAGAAUUGUCGCGACGUUAACUGACGGGGUGACAGGGAAACGUUCUGAGUCCCUACCAUGCAGAAGAUCAAGUCCCUGAUGACCCGCCAGGGUCAUAAAAGUCCACAGGACAGCAUCCACGAUCUUAGUCCAGUUGAGAGUUUCAGGAUUCCCACCAAGGAGGAGCUGCGAGAUCUCCGGGAACAGCCUACAGAUCCUCAAGCAGAACAGGAGCUAAUUAACAGCAUUGAAGAUGUUUAUUUUUCUAAUGACUCUUUUGAUAUUGUUAAAUAUGAGCUGGAGAAGCUGCCCCCGGUUCUCAGUCUCCAGGAAGUGGAAGAAUACAGAGACAAGCUAAAGCGACAGCAGGCUGCAGUUUCAAAAAAAGUAGCAGAUCUGAUUCUUGAAAAACAGCCUUCCUAUGUCAAGGAGUUGGAACGUGUUACUUCACUGCAAACAAGCCUUCAACUCGCUGCUGUUAUUUGCACAAAUGGGAGAAGACACUUAAACACAGCAAAGGAAGGAUUCACUCAAGCUAGUCUGGGACUUCUCGCAAACCAAAGAAAAAGGCAGCUAUUGAUUGGUCUUCUCAAGUCCUUGCGGACGAUUAAAACACUGCAAAGAACCGAUGUUCGUCUGAGUGAAAUGCUUGAGGAAGAAGAUUACCCUGGAGCUAUUCAGCUUUGUUUGGAAUGUCAGAAGGCAGCAAGCACCUUCAAACACUACAGCUGUAUAAGUGAACUGCAUUCAAAGCUACAGGAUACUCUAGAACAAAUUGAGGAGCAGUUAGAUGUGGCACUUUCAAAAAUCUGCAAGACCUUUGAUGUUGCACAUUACACGAAAGUGCAGCAAGCCUACAGACUACUGGGGAAAACACAGACAGCUAUGGAUCAGCUGCACAUGCACUUCACCCAGGCCAUCCACAACAUGGUGUUUCAAGUUGUUCUUGGAUACGUGGAGCUUUGUGCUGGAAACACAGAUACAAAGUUUCAGAAACUACCUUACAAGGACCUCUGCAUGCAUAUUACAACAGACAGCUAUAUCCCAUGUUUGACGGACCUUUGUAAGGCACUUUGGGAAGUCAUGCUUAGUUAUUUUCAAACAAUGGAAUGGCAUGAAAAAAAUGACAGAGAAGAAACUCCAUCCGCCUCUGACAAUAACAACAUUUCAGGAACGGAAGAGAACAGUUUUGAUCGAAGUUAUAUUAAAAAGAAACUGGAGCAUGGAUUAACACGCAUCUGGCAGGAUGUUCAACUAAAAGUUAAAACAUACCUUCUUGGAACAGACAUGUCCAACUUCAAAUAUGAUGAUUUUAUAUUGGUUCUCGAUAUAAUCAGCAGGCUAACGCAAGUUGGGGAGGAGUUUUGUGGCAGUAAGUCAGAGGUCUUGCAGGAUUCUAUACGGAAACAAAGUGUCAACUAUUUUAAGAAUUAUCACAGAACACGCCUUGAAGAACUAAGGAUGUUCCUUGAAAAUGAGACCUGGGAACUCUGCCCUGUCAAGUCUAGUUUUAGCAUUUUGCAGUUGCACGAAUUUAAAUGCUUGACUCAGUCUCGCUCGCCUUCUAUGUCACCAAGUAAACAAACAUCUUCAGCUGAAUCCACAGAAGUGUCAUUAUUUGAACGGUAUAUCAAUGGAGGCAAUCCUUUUGAGAUUCAAGCUUCUAUAAAAGAUGAUGAAUCAGAGGACGUACUUGCUUCAAACGGUUAUGAAUCAGAUGAGCUGGAGAAAAGUGCUUAUCAGGAGUAUGACAGCGACAGCGAUGUGCCAGAGGAACUAAAGGGAGACUACAUUGAUGAGCAGACGGGAGACGCACCAACAAAAAGUGUUUCAAGAGAAACUCUGAGGAGCAGAAAGAGAUCAGAUUAUAGUUUGAACAAGGUGAACGCGCCCAUCUUGACGAACACUACCCUGAAUGUGACACGGCUUGUUGGUAAAUAUAUGCAAAUGAUGACAAUACUAAAGCCAAUUGCCUUCGAUGUCAUCCACUGCAUGUCCCAGCUCUUUGAUUACUAUCUGUAUGCUGUGUAUACCUUCUUUGGACGGAACGACGCAUAUGAAUCGACCGGACUCGGACUAAGUAGCAGCAGACUCAGAACAACUCUAAAUAGGAUUCAGGAGAGUUUGAUUGAUAUGGAAGUCUCUGGUGAAAAUCCCGGAUCUUUGGUUUCGUCUGAAGAAAAGAAGGAGAAAGUACCAAGCCCCCAUCUAAGCCAUCUGGUCAUUUUAACGGCAAGUGGAACACUGUAUGGACUAGCUGAAAGGGUGGUAGCAACAGAAUCUCUGGUUUUCUUGGCUGAGCAGUUUGAGUUUCUCCAGACACAUCUUGAUUCUGUGAUGCCGGCCGCUAAAAAGCCUUUUCUCCAGCAGUUCUAUUCACAGACCGUCUCCACAGCCAGUGAACUUCGUAAGCCAAUUUACUGGAUCGUAGCUGCCAAGGCCAUUGAUUAUGAGCAGUUGUUGCUUCUUAUGGCGAAUGUGAAAUGGGAUGUGAAAGAAAUUAUGUCCCAACAUAAUUUAUAUGUUGAUGCUCUUUUGAAGGAAUUUGAACAGUUUAAUAGGAAGCUGUCUGAACUGUCAAAGCAUGUACGGAUUCCUUUGCCUGUUUCAAAUAUCCUUUGGGAGCACUGCAUCCGGCUGGCUAAUAGAACUCUUGUAGAGGGUUAUGCGAAUGUGAAGAAGUGCAGCAAUGAAGGGCGAGCUCUCAUGCAGCUCGAUUUCCAGCAGUUCCUGAUGAAGCUGGAGAAGCUCACUGACAUUAGGCCCAUUCCUGACAAAGAAUACGUGGAGACCUACAUUAAGGCCUAUUACUUAACUGAAAAUGAUAUGGAACGCUGGAUAAAAGAGCACAGGGAGUACUCGACGAAGCAACUGACAAAUUUAGUGAAUGUUUGCUUGGGGUCCCAUAUAAAUAAGAAGGCGAGACAGAAGCUUCUGGCGGCUAUUGAUGACAUUGAUCGUCCUAAAAGAUAAUCAAGACACCUUUUCAUCUCUGUUACAUGAAGUCAACGGUAGAGCAGCAUUAACAUCAGUAGUAAAGCGCAUGCAAGUCCCUUUCAAAGGAGUUAGGCUCUACUUUCAUUUGAACUACUUUUUAAUACGGAUGUAUGUAUGUUGUCCUCUUUUUUUCCAUCUAGCCGUUAGACCUAUCUCUUCGGAUGUUU